AUGUCUGGCUUUAUGACUGAUGCUGACCUAGAAUAUAUUAUGAAUUUACCCGAUAAUGAGUUCAAUGCAUACAUUGAUGUCCCUGAUGGGGAUAUAUCAGAUGUUGGGGACGAAGAUAAAGAUGAAACUGUCGAAAUUGAUGAAAGUUCUCAAGCUAUUUCCGAAGCAGCUGUCAUGAAUUUCAUUCAGAUGGUGGAAAAGGAGGAUGGAGCUGAAAUUUCGGCAAUUAGAGAGGAGCAAGAGACAGAAUAUGAAUUUCCAAAGGCUGAUGCAGUCAGGAGUGGUGAAGUUAUUGAUUCUCAGCCAAAAUCAGAUGUAAGCGACAACAAUACAAAUGAAGGAGCACCAUUUACACGUGAGCAGGAGCAGCAGCAGCAAAAAGAUUCAGUUUCUUUGCGGACGAGCAAAAAUGAAAUGGAGCAGUUUGUUGGUAUUUUACUGCACAUGGGCAUAAUCAAAAUGCCUUCCAUUCAUUUAUACUGGUCGAAUGAGUGUAGGUAUUCACCAAUAGCUGAUGUGAUGAGCAGAACUCGCUUCUUCCAGCUACUGCGGUAUUUUCAUGUUGUCAAUAAUCAAGACUUGCCUGAAGCUAAUAGUAAUCGUGACAAACUCUUCAAGAUUCGCCCACUUUUAUCUGCAUUUCAGUCAUCAUUGAAGACACUCCCUCCAGAAGAAUACCAAGCUGUUGAUGAACAGAUAAUACCAUUCAAGGGUAGAAGCGGUUUGAAACAGUACAUAAGAAAUAAGCCUCACAAGUGGGGCUACAAAUCUUUUACGAGAGCUGGUGCUUCAGGCAUGAUGUAUGGUUUUGAAAUUUAUGUUGGCAAAAACACCUGCAGUGAUAGAGGAUUAGGUUUGUCUGGAUAUAUUGUUUUGGCAUUGACGGAAACAUUGCCAGAGAAACAGCAUUUCAAAGUGUUUGUUGAUAGUUGGUUUUCUUCUAUACCGUUAGCAAUUGCCCUGAAAGAAAGGGGCAUUGAUUCUGUGGCACUAUCAGGACAGACAGGAUGGGAAAAUGUCCCUUGA